UUCAUUCGAGUGACGAUACCAGAAGGUUAAACUUCGACGACGAGACAACGAUCGCACAUUUAAACAUUUUGAAUUGUUAAAUAAUUUACCGCUAGCUAAAACCACCAACUUUGAAUAUUUUGAGUUAUUGUUUACAAGCUUUGUUUGGCGAUACUUUUUUUGGAAGCGACUUUCCAGACAUAUAUCGACAACAGUACAAAGGUACCACGCUACAGUCGACGAACUCUUCGCCCGUGGCACUAGAACACAAUGGCCAAGGGAGAAGACACAAACUCUGAAAUGGCCCUUGCUCGUCAGAGUGAUGGCAUCAAUGUGAUUUUUGACCAGAAUAGCUCUUCCUCAUCUCGGUCCAGAUCCAGGAGCAGAGGUAGCUACAGGAGACGUUACAGGUCUUCAUCUUCUUCAUCCAACAGCAGGUCUUCCUCUCACUCAAGAUCCCGCUCUCACCCUCGUUGCCACAGACAUUCCUCCCGUUGCCGCUGUGACAACCAUCGCAGAUAUGGCCGUGGCCGCUACCGCCACUCCUCACCACGUAACUAUAGGGCACAGUCUCGCUCUGACAACCGCUCACCCUCUCCAGACAGGUACUCCCGUCGUAGACACUACAAGUCCGGCUCAAAGUCUUCAAGCAAAAUAAACAGACACAGGAGGACUGGAAGUCAGCUUAGAAAAAGAGUUUCCCAAUCCCCACCCAGAUCCAACAGGAGGCACUCGAGGUCCAGAUCUUCCAGACAUUCUGUCAGUUUGACUGUGGAUGACAAAAGAGAACUCCUACAAGCUGCCAAGGCCAAUGCUAAGAAGAUGUUGGGACUGGAGGGGCUUGAACUUCCUGAGAGUGUGAAACCAACCCUUUCUGAGCAGUGCAGUGAGUCACCAGUGUCAGAGACAUGGGUGAGACUAGACCCGGAAGAAUCUCCAUCACAGAGCAGCGAUGUGGAGCCUGACGAACGCAGCCCAACGAUGUCCCCUAAAAGGAAAAUCAUCUCUUUCAGCAUUAAUAAUUCUGUGGCCAAACCAACAGUGGCAGCUCUGUCUAGUGCUAAGGUAACUCCCAGAAUGGACAGCUAUGAAAGCAGGAAGCCCUAUGGCCACUGGGUUCCAGUCAGAUCACGAAAAUCGUCCAACGCACGCAAACACACACUCCACACGUCACACUAGUGUGGCAGAUUAAAUGGACGCUGUAAAUACUGUAAUUAUUUUUUUCAUAUCAUCUUCAAUCAAUUCAUGGCAGGUGUUUUCUUUCAGAUAUUUAAAGAGUUAAGUUGGAAGAAAUGAAGAAUUCGUUCAGGUGGGAUUAUUUCUCUCCCUCAGUUUUGUAUUGUAUAUGCUGUUUAUAGAUGAAAUAAAGUAUUUGAUAGAAAAAACAA